AUGCAAGCACGCCCAAGAAGUCCCGGAUAUGGCGCGCGCGUAUCUGAAUUGGCUUCAACUUCAACUUCACCGCGCUCAAAAGGGCGCCAUUUCUCCGUCAGCGCCGGCUUAGAGACAGAGUCUGUACAGUUCACCACGCUGACAUCCGCAUUUUAUGCCCAGGCCAGGGUCCUCUGGUCCUCAGGGAUUGCGGUAUGUGACCUCUCUGGCGACAGCGGAGGAGAGGGACUUACAUAUCGAGAUCUCGCCGAACGAGUUCAGGCGCUUUCGCAUCGCUUGCAUAUAGAGCGCAUCAAAAAGGGGCAAAGGAUACCUUUGGUUGCAAAACGGGGACUACAAUCAGUUACCGGCAUUUUGGCAAUACUCUCUUGCGGUGCCCAAUUUGUCCCCGUCGAUUAUGAGAUCCAGUCGGAUGACUAUCUUAGGAGAGUCGUCGAGUGGUCGGGUCAGAGAAUUGUCCUCAGUACUUCCUUGGGGUCCGACAUUGUCCUGGAGCGGGUAUUUCCCAGCGAUACUCACAUGAGUCCGAUUCGAAUUGUGAGAGUUCAUUCAGAGAUUAAGACCCGAGAUUUGGAUCGCGACUCUGCAAUGCAUAACCUAGCUACCCCCGACGACCCAGGCGCUCCAUGGGACGGUUCUGUGGCAGCAAAAGAAGUUCACAUCAAGCACAGAAAUAUGGUCAACCUUGUCUGUCUAGGGUCCGGAGAUCUUGGUGUUUACCCUGGUGCGAAGGUGGGACAAACUCUAAGCAUAUCCUCUGACAUUGCUGUCUGGGAGAUAUUUGGAUGUCUUUGCAACGGAGGAACGCUGAUAGAAGUGCUCAUCACCACACCCACAUUGUUAUCCAGGUACGAACCGGAGCAACUACCCGAGUUGAAAGUGCUAGCAACAGCCGGAGAGGCCAUUUCGGAUUAUUUAGCCGAUAAAUGGGCUGCCUGUGUUCCGGCCGUUUGGAAGUGCUACGGAUUCUCGGAAACUACUAUUGUAUGUGCCUUGUCGCUUCACCACAUAACCAAUGGUUUAGGUUCCCGCCGCUGUGGAUUCGGGCUAUUCUCAUCGGGGUGUCCCGUCCUCAGCGGUCGUGAUGGGGUGGGCUCUGUUGGGUACCCUAUUCCCAAUUUAUUUCUGUACGUGCUCGACGAUAACGGGCGAAAGCGGGCAAUCGGAUAUCCCGGCCGAAUAUGGGUCGGCGGUCGAGGUGUCUCUGACCAAUACAUUAGCUACGGCCGCCAUUCCUACGUUACCAACCCUUUUAGGGAUGAUGGGUCGACCAUGUACCGGACCGAAGAUUGUGGCAUAUGCCACGAAGACGGCAGCAUUGAAUUACUUCCGCCAGUGCCCAGCGCCGACUACGCUAGGUCUAGGCAUGAGCUGUCUGCAGUGGAGCUCCAAAGACUAACAUCAGCCUGGUCAUGCACAGCAGGGACGACCCAGAUAGCGGUGUUGGCAUGCGGCUUACAGAUGCACUUUUUCAGAGUUCAACAGCAUAUCGAAGACGUGAAUCAAGAAGAGUGGAGGUGCUCCAAGAGCAUGGACGAGCAUCUGAAGAUUCUUCAGCAAAGGGGGCAAAUGCCUGCGGCGGCCUACAUUGACCCCAAGCAGUUUCACACGUUAGCAGAAAUCCCGGUUGGACCUGAUGGAAAGCUUGACCGCGGAAAACUCCUUAGAGAGGUCAUACGUCAUGAGACGCGGAGCCCUCCCGGAGUAAUUGGGUCCAUGGUCGAUAUACCGUCGUCAGCGACAUUGCCGAAGUCUGUGAUUGUGACGGCGCCUGUCUCACGGCGACGAAAACGGGAACCUCGAGCCGCGGUCCAAGGCUUGCUUGCAAAACCGGCGGAGCUAUUUCGGAACCUCAAGGGUUCUGGAUGA